CUCAACCUUCGUAGACAAUUCCAUUCUAGCUAUACGUCUUUCUUUCGUCUUCUUCUUCUUCUGGUUCCUCUGUUUGCUUUUCAAUGGAGAACAGUAAUUAUCACAUGCUUCCUUGUGCAUCGGCAGCCAUGCCAUCUUCUUCUUCUUUACCCCCAAAUCUGAUGAAAAUUGCUUGCUUUCCUCGUGGCUUAUAUAAUGAAAACCCUAGAGGGUCCUCAUCAUCAUCAGAGAUCAUCAUUAAUACUAAUAAAGAGAAGCAUCGCCCUGCAGCAGCAUCGGAAGCUGAAGGUGUCUCAAACAAUGGAGGUUUUAUUCAACUGCCUGCAAACGAAGCAAAAUCGGGGAAGAAUAAGAAAGCUGAGGCCAAAAUUAGGAAGCCCAGAUUCGCGUUUCAAACAAGGACCCAGGUUGAUAUACUGGAAGAUGGGUAUCGAUGGAGAAAAUAUGGGCAAAAAGCAGUGAAGAACAAUAAGUUUCCAAGAAGCUACUACCGCUGCAGUCAUCAGGGGUGCAGUGUGAAGAAGCAAAUCCAGCGCCAGUCCCCAGACGAAGGUGUGGUGGUGACAACUUACGAAGGAGUUCACACACAUCCAACAGAGAAGCCUGCCGAUAAUUUCGAACAGAUCUUGAGCGGCAUGCACAUUUACCCUUUUCAAAACUAAAAAGGUUUUUCGUGUUAUAUACCAAACCUCCUUGUAUUAUAUAUAUUAUUAUGGGGAUUGUGUUAUUAUUUUUAUCUACUAAUAACUAUUCAUAUUCAUAUUGAGACCUAAAAGGAAUAUUAUGAUACCCGCCCAAUUGGACGUGUGAGCAGUUAAAACUGCUACCAUGAGCUUGGAAACCCCAUUUCAAACCUUAGACCAUCUCCAAUCCUUUGCCUCAAAUUUUGGGUAAAACUUACCCCAAAUUUGGGGUAAGCAUAAAAUUCUCUCCAAUCCUUCACCCCAAAUUUGGGGUAAAGGAAUACUAUUUUUUUUGUUAUUAUAAACAUUUAUUUUAUUUUCAAAAUUAUUUACUUAUUAUAUUUCGAUGAUAUUAGAUAAUUCAAAAAUGAUCUAUUGAAUUAUUAAAUUAUUAUCUUUGUUUAUGUAAUAUUUAAAUCUUUAAAAUUUUAGUUUUCAAGAUUUAUGAUGUUAUAAUAUUCAUUCAGCUCAUUUUUAAUAAUCGUAACUUUUAUUUAAUAA